UGUGCCCCUGGGGUGGGCCAGGAGAGGUGACAGCUGGGAGCGUGCUUGCUGGGGAAAUGGUGGAAGGAGAGUGCAGGGGCCAGAGAUGCUGUGUGAGGAGCUGGGAGCAAGGGCUCAUCCUGCUGCCUUUCCUGUCCCUUUGCAGUGCUUCCCUUCUGCCACAGCAGUGACCAGCCCUCAGCCCUGCAGCAGCAGCAGUUCUCCGAGCAGUUCUCGGAGUGGGAGUGCCGCUCAGCGGUGCCACAAGGCACAGACCGAGGCUGGAUGUGCUGCCCAAAGGGCUGGAGAAGGUUUCAAGGAAGUUGCUAUUUCCUCUCCACUGACAUGAUGUCAUGGGAUGACAGUGCAGAGAUCUGCACUGGGAUGGGCUCCCAGCUGGUGGUGAUCACCAGCAGUGCAGAGCAGGUGAGUGCACAGGGCCCCAGAGAGAGGGACCCAGCAGGCAGAGCCACAGUGCUGGGCCCUGGAGGGGACUCAGAGCCCUCCUUGUCCUGCAGGGGAGGGGGAAGGUCCUGUCUGAGCCUCUGCAGCACCAGCCCCCUCUGCCACCAGCCCCACAUCAUGGUGAUUUCUGAUGCCUCUGUGUGCUCAGUCCUGCCACUCAUGGACAUUGCUCUCUCUCAAGCUUGUCUGUGUCCCAGGUUCUGGCCAAGAGGAGAACCAAGUGAAGGCUAUGAUGAGAAUUGCGUUAUCAUCUACAGGGAUACUGAACUACCCAACAACUGGAAUAGUGUCAGAUGUUUGAACUAUCAUCGAAUUUGUGAAGCUGCAGCAGUAAUUGUGUGAUGGAAAUGCCCCUGACCUGAGUAAAGCUGGGAGCUCAGCAGGGAGCUGGGAACAGCUCUGGCUGUGCUGGGAAGGGUGGGGAGCUCUGACACAUCUUCACUGUGUGGGGUGGGACCAUGUGUGUGGAAAUGAAAUGAGCUUUGUCCAGCAUCCCCAGUGCAUGUGCUGGCUCAGGGAACACAGGGAGGCUCAGGCUCUUUGGAGCAGCUCCUGUGUUCUUGAAUCCUCUUCUCUCUAUGUGGUUCCAGCAGCCUCUGGCUGAAAAGAGAUGAAGUUCUCCAGGAGGAAGACACUGGAAUGGAAGGCAGAUAUCCAGAGAUUCAAUGUUCUUUUUCUCCUUGAGCAGAGCUGUUUGCUUUUUGUUGAGUCACACACAAAAUGUCCUCUAGCUCUACUGGUUUUUGCCUAACAAAUUGUGAAAUCUCAGACAAGAGAAAAUACAGUAUCAGACCAAUGAAGAAA